UUUGUUUCUAGCGAUAAGCUCAGUUUUAUUCGGCAAAAUAAUUUACAAUAGUCGCUAUCGAGCAGUUCAACAUUGAAUACGCAUAAACCGGGAGAUUGUGAAUAAAAUAACAGUCUUUGUUUUAUAAAUUUUAUAAAAUUAAAAAAAUUUAUUUCGAAAGAAUAUUGCAUUUUUGUAAGCAUAAAAAACAAAAAUUGUUUAAUUGACAAUUAAAACAAAAGUACAUACAAAAACACAAAAAAUGGACAGUGAUAAACCAGUGCAGCAAUGUAAUGUGCGCAAUGAGACUAAAUUUACGUAUAUAGAGAGAACUUUAAAAUUUGUUAUUAAAGUUUUAUACAUUACAUUUGUUGAAACUUUUAUAAGUUGCAUUCAAUAUAUUUUUAGUAAACGUGUUGAACCAAAAAAUAUUGAAGGUCAAAUAGCAUUGGUUACCGGUGGCGGAAAUGGUUUAGGUAAAGAAAUCUGUAUUGAAUUAGCAAAACGAGGUUGUAAUGUUGCUAUUAUUGACAUUGAUUUGGCUGGUGCAACAAAAACAGCUGAAACCAUUAAAAAAUCAUAUGGUAUACAAUCAAAAGCUUAUAAGGCUGAUGUCGGAAAUUAUUCUGAAAUUGAAAACUUAAAACCAAAAAUUGAAAAAGAUUUAGGCUUUGUUGAUAUUCUUAUAAAUAAUGCCGGUUUAACACCAGUUAAAGGUUUGGAACAUUAUUCACCUGAAUAUUUAAGGAAAAUUGUUGAUGUUAAUUUAUUGUCAAAUAUUUGGACUAUAAGAAUUUUCUUACCAGGCAUGAAAGAAAGAAAACGUGGACAUAUUGUUCAGAUUGCUUCAAUUGCAGGUCUAGCUGGUGUUCCAAUAUCAAAUGUUUAUUCUGCAACAAAAUUUGGUGUACGUGGUUUAAUGGACUCUGUUGAAACGGAUAUAGUUAUAGAAAAUCUUGAAGAUUGCAUUCAUAUGACAACUAUUUUUCCACAUUUUAUAUUUACUAAUGAUGAAUUAUGUGAUUUCUUAGAAAAAAGUGGUUCGCUAAAACUUAUGCCAGCUUUUAAAGCCUCGUAUGUUGCCAAUGUAAUAGUUACAGAAUUUUUGAAAAAUAAAAGAAAAGUUAUAAUUCCUUCAUUUAUGAGAUGGCUAGUAGAAUCACAAGAAUUUAUAACAGCUAGAGCACGAAAUGCUGUUAAAAAAGUUGUUUUUAAUGGUGCUGCACAAUAUAGACAAUAUUUGAAUGAGCAACAAAAAUUAACUAAUGGACUCGAUUGUAAUCAAAAUUCUACAAUAACUUCAUUAAAAAAAACUAAACAAUCAAUAGCUAAUAAUAAUAAUAGUUAUAAUAAUAAUAGUAAUGAUUCAACAUGGAUGCCAGGAGCACAAAAAGUUAGUAGUGUACAAGAAACUAUACAGAAAUUUAGUGAAAAUGUUAUUGAAGAAGUAAAAGAAAGUAAUGUAAAAGGUUAGCAUUAUAAUGUUUACAUGUCCUUAGUUAUUCAUAAAUACUUGUAUACCCUAAAUUUAUAAUUAAUUAUUGGUGUGAUUUUAAUAAAAAUGAAUUAUGUUGUGUUUAAGUCUA